GUUGAGUACAAAAAGCUUGCAGUCUGCUGUGAGAUUUCCUGGAAGAGUUUGAAAACUAUUUAGAGGACUUUGGACACUUUGUUUCAAACAAAGUCAAUUUAUUUUUCUAUACAUGGGAUAGAAAACAAUCUACAUCUAACAGACAUUUCAAGCCAAGACUGUAAAACAUGACAUCUUUUGACGAUGUUUUGGAGGAAAUUGGACAGUUUGGAUUGUUUCAGAAGCAGUUGUUUUUUAUCAUGUGUUUUAUCUCUGCUGUUUUCAGCCCAAUAUAUGUGGGCAUUGUAUUUCUAGGAUUUGUACCUGACUUCAGAUGUAGUAAUCCUGCAGCUAAAGAAUUAAGUAGAAAAUGUGGUUGGAAUUUUGAAAAAGAAAUUAAUUAUACGGUUAUCCUUCCAGAUGACUCUGUGGAUCCUCUAUACUUUAGCCAGUGUUUUGAGUAUGAGACAAACUGGAAUUGGACAUCUAUCUCUUGCACAGACCCAAUAAGGAAUCUAACUUCAUAUAGUAAUAACAACAUGACUGUUACCAGCUGUACUAAUGGUUGGGUGUAUGAUACUACAGGAUCAUCCAUAGUAACAGAGUUUAAUCUUGUGUGUGAUGACUCAUGGAAGCUGGACCUUUUCCAGUCAUUUGUGAAUUUUGGAUUCUUCCUUGGCUCUAUGUUCAUCGGCUACAUAGCAGACAGAUUUGGUCGCAAACCGUGUCUUCUAAUUUCUCUCUUCAUCACUGCUGUUUUUGGUGUUCUUGUGGCAUUUGCUCCAACGUAUCCAUGGUUGAUUACCUUUCGCUUUAUUCAGGGCUUAGUCAGCAAAGGUAGUUGGUUGUCAGGAUAUAUUUUGGUUGCAGAGUUUGUUGGCUUGGAUCACAGAAGAACUGUCGGAAUUGUAUACCAAGUUGCAUUUACAGUUGGACUUCUGGCACUUGCAGGCGCGGCUUAUUUCAUUAAUAACUGGAGAUGGCUGCAGCUGGCAGUCACUCUGCCAAACUUUGUGUUCCUGACAUAUUGCUGGUUUGUUCCAGAAUCACCUAGAUGGCUCCUAUCCCAAAACCAGAAAGAUAAGGCCAAUGAAAUUAUCAAGCAUAUUGCUAAGAAGAAUAAGAAACCAAUACCCAAUACUUUACAGCGUCUAACUGCAAAUGAAGACACUGGUGAUAAACAAGUUCCCUCUUUCAAAGACCUUGUCAGAACUCCCCAGAUAAGAAAACACACUUUCAUCCUAAUGUACAUCUGGUUUACGUGUGCUGUCAUUUACCAAGGACUUAUUAUGCAUAUGGGAUCCACUGGUGAAAACAUUUACUUAGACUUUUUUAUCUCUGCUAUGGUGGAAUUCCCUGCAGCUUUUAUAAUAAUAGUUACAGUGGAUCGCAUUGGACGCCGAUAUCCAUGGGCAGUGGGUUGUUUUGUGACAGGUCUGGCCUGCCUUGUUACAGCUUUCAUUCCUGAAGGUUUGCAAUGGCUAAAAGUGACACUAGGAUGUAUAAGCAGAAUGGGGAUUACACUUUCUUAUGAAAUGAUUUGUUUGGUGAAUGCUGAGCUGUAUCCAACUUUUAUCAGGAAUCUUGGAAUAAUGGUCUGCUCAUCCAUGUGUGAUCUGGGAGGAAUAAUUACACCAUUUAUUGUUUAUCGGUUGUCAAAUGUCUGGAAGGAGCUACCACUUAUAGUAUUUGCUGUAUUUGGAACACUUUCAGGAGUUCUUGUUCUGUUUCUACCGGAAACGAAAGGUCAGACUCUACCAGAAACGAUUGAAGAAGUAGAGAACUUGCAGAGAAAAGAAAAAAACCCCAAAAGGAAUACAAUUUAUUUGGAAGUAAUUGCUAAGGAUUAACUCUCACUUGGACAUGAAUGAAUAAAUUAAAUAAAACUGCAUUGUUCUUAUGUUGAAUUUCUGAAUAGAAAUGAAUAAAACGAUAGAAAUUCUUUACAAUUAUAGUAUAUGGACAACGCACAAUGAAAUAUUACGUAAAUCAAGGAAAGAAUCUAUUUCUGACAUGUGUUUCAAAUCUUUCAUCAUCUUCCUCUUUGAGUUAUGAGAUUUGGUAUAACAGAAACAAAUAGUUUAGAGGUUUUAUGUAGUUAUUAGUAACUACUGACAUAUAUAUUGUCCUCUGUGAAGCAAAGAGUCAUUAACAAAACAAAGGGAGCUUCAAAAUCAUAAUAGUAAAAUAGCAAAUAACAGAGAAAAA